UACGGUCUGGAUUCGUAAAUAAUAUUCAGACGAUCUUCGGCUUCAAAGGGUUAAUACGAAAUUUUGAAAAUUCUUAUAAAUGUUCAUGAAAGUACUUAACAUUGUGGGCUAUAAGUCACGACUUACUGAAACAGUCACUGCCCAAAUGUUUUCGUUGUGUCUUCAACCCCUCGAAGCACAAAUUUCGUCUAAAUUAUGUGCGAUAAUUCGGCUUGAAUUGUACCUUAAGGGAAUCAAAGUUAGUCCCCACUACUUAGGUAAAUUGCUUAAUGCUGGUUAGGGGAACAUCCGAGAAUCACGAAAGGUCAUUAAGCACCUCAUAAUCAUUUAUUAAACGAAAAGCUUUAUCUGCCCUCAAAAAUUGCGUAUUUUCAUUUUGGAGAAGUGGCAAUCGGCCGCCAGCGAACUGCACGAAAGCCGACGAGUUGCAGGCAAAUUGUCCGACAAGUAUCAGACCUACACCACUCUGUGCCACAGCCCGCCGUGCACAUUUAGUGGGAGGAGCAUUUUGCAUUUAGUGGGACAGGGGGACGUGACAGAUCCAGGCUGAAUCAGUGAGCGUAGGUGGAGAAGUCCGCUCUUCACGGCGUGUAAAAGUGUUACGCAGGUCUUGAUGGGUUGACCGGUCAGUGUUUAUUGCACACAAGGAUUGUUGAUGGUCAUUAUGGCAAUCAUGAUGAUUGUAACAGCAGGGAAUGUGUUCUGAGUGUGGUAGACAGCUCUGGUCAGUUCAGACCGUACGCCAUGAGAGCUAGCACCGCUGGAAUUUCUGAUAACUUCGAGGGUUCCAGAAGCCACUACAUGCUCCUGUCCGUUCUGGACACGGCAUUUUCAGCACUGGUAGUGUCUCCAGCUGUGAUUGGCUACUGGCGCGGUACUUGGAUGAUUAUGGACCGUUACGUGUUUCCAAACCAACAUACUUACAGUUCGUGGGUGUCAGUCGCCAUAGGUUACCUCGGACAUGUACUAUUCACCUUGAUUCAAACGCCGAUAACAAAACGUUUCCACCCUGAUCAGCGCUGGUUGUCGUAUUACAUCGUGUCCCGUCUGUAUACGGCGGUAUUCGGUUUCGUAUGUGUCAAUUCGUGGCGGGGAGUGUGGCGACUCCUGGAGCAUUACACCGGUCAUCACAUGGAGCCACUUCUAGGCACGACGGUGGCCAGCAUCGUCGCUCUGGCAGUCUUGAGGACGCUGAGGAACAUUUCGUCACCACCCUUUUCCGUAACGACUGACUGCUCUGAAGGCUACUUCCGGGUCCUCACUAUGUUCCGUGCGUCGGGUUCUAAGGAGACGUCCCUGUACGUCCUUGACUGCCUGUUCAGCGUCAUCAUUGUGGGAACGCUGGUCGUGUUUGUCUGGAGAGGCGCCUGGACAAUCCUCGACUUAUCUCUCUACCCCAGUCACCUGGAUUGGUCAGCCUGGACAUCCAUGGCCCUCGGCUACGCCAUUGUGGUACUGACCUUCAGCCUGCAGACGCCUCUGAAGGGCCUUUGCGGGCGACUCGAGGGCUUCAGGAGGGUUUGCGUCGUUGAUGUGUAUCUGUUCUUCUCCUUCUGCGGCACCAUUAAUGUCUGGAGGGGUGUGUGGAUGCUUCUCAACAUCUACUUCCUGCCAGAUAAUCCUGAGGCAAGUUACUGGGUCACCCAUGCGGGAUGCCUUCUCAUUCUGAUGCUGAUCAAAUGUUCCAACUCCAUCCUGGUACGAGGAGUCUACAUCGACGCAGAGGAAGAGGGCGGGAAGUGCGUCGUCUUUCCUUGCUAUUACCUCAGAUUGUUCAUCCAGAAAAGGAGACGAGAGAAGCUUCUUCAGCUCCAAAUUCAACAGCAACUGCAGCAAAAUGCUACUCACGUCGCAACGACGAGGAAGGGAACGAAAGACGUCGACAGCAAGACAGCCGCUGGAUUCAUCACCGUGGACACGCAACAGCCGAACUGCACGGCGAACCACCACGCGCAAUUUCCACUGGAGACGCUGGAAGACGUCCCAUGACCGGGGCAAAUGCUAGCGUUGGGCAAGAGACCGCGAACACGGCCUGAUUCAAGAGUGGAAACCAUCCACCUCUAGCUUAAAUGUAAAAUACGUCUCUGGACAAAGACCUCCAAGAGAACGGUCCAUUGGCCUGUGUGAUUUCCGAGUGUUGCGUUCUUCAAGGAAAGACGAAUAUUUCCUCUACUGGCAUAAUUUCCUAGUCCCUCUAAAUAGCAUGUCGCUGGCGCAGUGGCGCUGUCUAUUAUCAGACAUUUACAACAGAGUCAGUUCUUACAAUUUGUUGUGUGUGGCUGAAUCGUGUGUCCUCUGAGUCUCCUGAACGUAUUCAUGACGUCAUAUUAACCUUUGGCACCGUCUGUUGACUGAGGCAAGUUUGAAUAUGGACGACAUUUCAGACAGCCUGGACACAUUUCCGUAUUAACGUAACAUAAGUCACUACAAGGCUUACUGACAGAUUAUACAAAACCGUGGUGGUUCAGACGCUGGCAAACAAAAUUUGCAUUCGGAUGGUACAAGGUCAGAUCCAGAAUUCUGUUAUCGAACCUAAAAAACCCCAUUAUCAUUAGCAUAAUGACAAUCACUUGACUACAGAAGCAGAAUGAACUCCCGAAACGUCGGAAAUAUUCACGAUACGUCAGACAAUUGACAAUAUGCAUCCCUCGGGAAUGGGAGGCCGCGCCCGUCCUCCGUUCAGACGAGGAGGAGUUAAGGACUACGCAGGACUUAUUAAGGACCGAGGUUCUGACGGAUCAAACUCUUGAACAAAACUUGAGUUUCCAACGAUGGAGAGAGUUCGUUGCAGUGAUCUGAGUGUCACAUCGUACUAAACAGUAACAAUUACCGACGUUUCGGAGAAAGUUGCUGCCUCCUUCUUCAGUGUCGAUACACUGGCUAUUCAACAACGAAAUUUAAGAGUGUCAGGUGUAUUUUUUUUUUUAAAGAUUCAAAACGCAGUUUAGACAACUAUUCUGGCCUGACGAAAGAAAAUCUUUACAGAGUACAUGUGUUAUUUGUAAAUUCGUUUUCAUUAAUAGCUUAUUGUGUCUCGGCGUCUUGACCGGGGGGCGGGGCGGGUUACUUUUCUAACAGAACAGAUUUCACCCUCAGCAACAGCGACAAAGAAUGGUUCUGUUCACAGUAUUAAUACACGGCUAUUGCAGUUUUUGUCGGACACUCCCCGUUUUCUCAAACAUACUUCGGAGUUGGCCGCACUACCGUCUUCAGCUGAUUGGUAUUAUUUUAACUCCGUAUCGACUGUCAGUUUAACCAUAGCUGUCCGGCGAGCCUACAAUUCAACAGGACCUGGGGGCAAUCCCGGUGAUCGCCACUGGUCCUUGUGCAAAGAAGUCUAUCAGUAAACUGACAACCAAUCGCCUACAGAAUGACAGCUCAGCGCCUCAGACAAGGGACAAUGACUGACGUAAUGAAUCAACUGCAGUGCACCGAAGUCAUCAGCGUCUGAAAUGAAAUCAUUCCAGAAUGUCAACUGGUAAUGCAGUGAAAAUAAACUGAAGUCAUCGCCAUGAAUUAUGUGUGAAACGUUAACAAGUUGGCUAUCAAAAUACUAUGUAGGACUAAACUUGUGAUUUCGUUCAAGUAAAAUGCUGGAGACUUUGUAACAAAUCCAACAGCGUUUAAAAUCCUAUCAAAUGCGCAUUUUUCCAAUAUAAUAAUGUAUUUAUGGGCUUAAUUAACAACCUAUAAUGAAAAUAAAUAAAAAAAUAAUUUUACACACA